AUGCAUUUUACCAGCCCGCUUAUCCCACGUUUUCACUAUUCCGCUCGUACCGGCGAAAAGGCCGGACGAAGCCAUUUACGAUCCUGGGCGGUUGUCGCUGAUUUCACACAUCAUGCCCACUCUGCCUCAUUGUCGGCGGUAGCAGUGAAUAACAGAUACGUGGUCACUGGGAGCAGAGAUGAGACAAUCCAGAUCUAUGACAUGAAAAAGAAGAUAGAACACGGGGCGCUGCUACAGCACAAUGGCACAAUAACUUGUUUGGAGUUCUAUGGUACUGCACAUCUACUGAGUGGGGCUGAAGAUGGACUAAUUUGUAUCUGGAACACAAAGAGAUGGGAAUGCCUGAAAUCCAUUAAGGCACAUAAGGGGCACGUGACAUCUCUUUCUAUUCAUCCUUCUGGGAAAUUGGCUUUGUCAGUAGGAACAGAUAAAACAUUAAGAACUUGGAAUCUUGUAGAAGGACGAUCAGCCUUUAUCAAAAACCUGAAGCAGAAUGCCCACAUAAUCAAAUGGUCCCCUGAUGGAGAGAGGUAUGUGACCGUGAUAACAAAUAAAGUGGACAUCUACAGACUUGACACAGCUUCCAUCACUGGCACUAUCACAGCAGAGAAGAGAAUUUCUUCACUUAUAUUUAUCACAGAUUAUAUCCUUGCCAUAGCUGGAGAUGAUGAAAUGAUAAGGUUGUACAGCUGUGACUCUCAAAAAUGCGUGUGUGAAUUUAAAGCUCAUGAAAACAGAAUAAAAGAUAUCUAUAGUUUUGAAAGAGAAGAGCAACAUGUCAUUGUUACUGCAUCCAGUGAUGGUUACAUUAAAAUGUGGAGUCUGGAUCUUAAUAAGACUAAAGAUGUGCCAUCUUUACUGUGUGAAGUCAAUACCAAAGCUAGGCUGACAUGUCUUGCUGUAUGGCUUGACCAAGCUUCAGAAAUGAAUGAAAAUUCUGAUAAAGCUGCAACAUCAUCUCAAGCAAAUGAAGAUGAAAAACCAUCAAUAGUCAGGAAAAAGAAAGUUUGUUGGACUGAUAAAAGUGAUAAAACAGCAAAAAGAAAGAGAAAAAUUACCCCAGAGAAGCAAAGAUUGGAAGCUCCACUGCAAAAGAAGAAAAAGAAACGGAAUAGCUCAACAUGAAGGCAGCUACUUUCUCUCCUGAAUAGAAAGUAAAUACUGGUCUUGCUGUAUUUGUUAUAAGGAUGUAAACCUCCAACAGGACAUACGCCUCCAAACUGAUCUGUUGUUUAAAAGUUACGAAUGUUUUUACUCUAAUAAAUUGACUGAUCAUUCUGGGAA